GUUUCUCAUUCUCACACAGCAAAACUCAAGAAGCCCUCAAACAGUAUAUACACACAAAAUGAAAGCUUUUUACUUCCUCGUUGCCCUAUUGGCUUUAGCAUCCUCUGUUGUUUUUGCCUAUGACCCCAGCCCAUUGCAAGACUUUUGUGUUGCAAUCAAUGAUACCAAAACUGGUGUGUUCGUGAAUGGAAAAUUUUGCAAAGAUCCUAAGCUUGCAAAUGCAGAUGAUUUCUUCUUUAAAGGAUUGGGACCUGGAAAUACUUCAAAUCCACUCGGAUCAAAAGUGACUCCUGUAGCAGUUAAUGAAAUAUUAGGACUAAACACACUUGGUAUAUCUUUGGCUCGUAUUGAUUUUGCGCCCAAAGGUCUAAAUCCUCCUCACACUCACCCUAGAGGCACCGAGAUUCUUGUUGUUUUAGAAGGCACACUUUAUGUUGGAUUUGUAUCCUCCAAUCAAGACAAUAACCGUCUCUUCACCAAAGUAUUAAACAAAGGUGAUGUAUUUGUCUUCCCAAUCGGUCUCAUUCAUUUCCAGUUGAAUGUGGGUUAUGGUGAAGCGGUUGCCAUUGCUGGUCUUAGUAGCCAAAACCCUGGAGUUAUUACUAUUGCUAAUGCAGUGUUUGGAUCAAAACCACCAAUUUCUUCCGAAGUUCUCACCAAAGCCUUUCAAGUUGGUGAAAAUGUAAUCGAGUAUCUUCAAAAGCAAUUUUGGUACAACAAUAGCUAGUUAGUAUUGUGAGAGCAUAUAUGCAUCUUGUUGAACGUUUGAUACAUGAUUUCCUUAAGUUUGCCUCAUGUUUAGUCUCCGGAAAUUUCACUACAAUAGUAAAUAAUAUGCAUGAGAGUGUUAUGUUUAUGCAAUUUGGUUGUAAUUUUGUGUGUACUUGAACUUGUAUGAUAUAUCAUGCAAGUAUAAUAAAUAACAGUGUUGUUCGUACUUUAUAUUA